AUGUCUCGCGCAUCAAAGUUGACCCUGGCAGCCACUGGGCUGGGCACUGCGGGCAUUAUCUAUUUCGUGCACUGGGCACAAGAAAACGACAGGGCGGCUAUGCACAGAGGUGUUGAGCGCGAUAUGGAAAAGCAACGCGUGCGGCAAGAACGCCAGGCCGAAUUUGAGAUGCAGAAACGACUCGAAGAGGAAUACCUUAAGCUCCAGACCGUCACGGCUAUCACGGACAAUCAGAAUCCAGCAGGGAAUAGUCCAGGAGGGAAUAAUUAG